AUGAACAGCACCAGCCUCUUUUUCUCAAACAUCAGCAAUUCCGACAGCACAGAGUCUUGCAUUGAGGAACCACAGCAUGUCUCUAUUACCGUCUUUCUAUCCAUCGUCUUCUUUGUGGGGUUCGUGCUGAAUGCUUUCAGCCUUUGGGUCUUCACUUGUCGGAUGCCUCAGUGGAGCCCUGGGACAGUGCUACAGUUCCACCUAGCGGUCAGCGAUGCAAUCGUCAGUCCAGUAGCACCUUUCAUGGCAACUUACUUCUCACUGGGUAGCCACUGGCCGUUCGGAAGCUUUUUGUGCCAAGCCGAGAUUGCUUUGUUAACCAUCCAUUUUUACGGCAGCAUCCUGUUCCUCACACUCAUCAGCAUCCAGCGCUACGUGGCUGUGGUGCACUUCAGCCGUAUCUCCUGCAUGAAACGAAAGUCUUUCCUUCAGAAGUUGUGUGCCGCAGUCUGGUUCCUCGUGUUAGCGAAAGGAGCGGCGUGUUUCGCUCUCUUGGACACGAGCACCGCGGGUAAUCGCACGCAGUGCCUCAGUAUACAUCAAGGACAGCACACAGACGUUUAUUUCACCCUUAACUUCAUUCUGCUCAUCCCCGGAUUUCUCGUGCCGUUCUCGGUCUCGCUCUUCUGUUACACUCGUCUCGCGAGCUCUGUAUCUCGUAUCAACACCAACAACGAAAAAGGGCGGGCGAUUAAAGCAAAGUCUCGCAAAAUGGUCGCAGUUUGCUUGCUAAUAUUUGGCUUGUGUUUCAUGCCGAUGAACGUCGUUCGCACUAUAGGGGUGGUGAUCAAGAAGUUCUUCCCCGAGAAAUGUAAUCUUCUCCUCAGGGUAGAGACGGCCUACUACAUCUGUUGGAUCUUGGCUGGAGCCAACUGCAGUCUGGAUCCUAUACUUUACUGUUUCGGGUCACAGAAAUUCAGCAAGGCCGUUCACAGCUCUCUCAGAAGGAUAGGUUUUAAAAUGCAAACCAUCCCUGAGGGAAAUGAACUGGAAUGCCAGGCUGCACCUCACCUAAAUCCCGUUAGCAUGACAGAGACAAAGGAGAACAUGUCAUCAGCAUUCCUUUGA